AUGGCUUCGUACAUGUAUUAUCCCAACUAUGCAAGGGCUGGGAAUGGUGCUCCCUGCCCUAAUAUGACACAGGGUGCCGCGUCCGGGACUGCUUCUGACUUAUCAGGAGCUCUUCAGACACAGGCGCCUGUCAUGCACCGCGUUCUUCCGCCUAUGGUUCCUUACAGCGGUUAUUUCCAGCGGCCGCCCUCGGACUUGGCGUCGAACUUCGACACGCAUCUGCAGCCAUCGGCAAACUAUGGCAUGCCCAACUCCUACCUAUAUCCAGUUUCUGGAAAACCCUAUAUGGCGCCGCCCCCUGGGCUUGCUCCUCCUAUGGGGAUUCCCAUGCUGACGCCUUCCAUACAGACAUCUUUGCCCUCGCAGUUGCAGCAGCAGAGACAACAGCCACAAGCACGGUCUUCCCAGCAGGUUAAUGGUGGCGUAAGCGAGGUUUUGGACUACGACUUGGAUAUAAUGACUCUGUUCAUCAUCCAAAAUGCCUACUUGAUCUUUGGCAACGAGGAGCAAAAGGCUCAUAUACUAGAGGUGUUCCACAAAGGAGUGUCAUCUGUGCUAAAUGCGACGCGACUUCCAUCUUCCACAAUAUACUACGCAUUGGACUACUUGGCAAAGUAUUUGGGGAAACUGCCACACGGUAUUGAUUCCAUCGGCGGGGACUCCGUAAAUGUCAUCUAUCAAAAUUUGAUGGUUGCUUUCGUCUUGGCAAAUAAGUUCAACGACGAUAAGACAUUUACAAAUCGGUCUUGGUCACAGGCAACUGGUAUGAAGGUCGAUGUAAUAAAUACUUACGAGCGGGAAUGGCUAUACAUUUUCGACUGGAGACUAUUUGAAGAAGGUUUCGGAAACUACGAGGGAUACAGAGAUGCAUAUCAGAUGUAUCAACUCGAGAAGAAGCGCCAGCGCCAGCAGCAGAUUCAGCCACCGGCUGCCUUGAAUUCCUACUUGACGUUACCAUCAGGUAACUCUGUACUACCGCCGCUUGCUUGUCAGUCCGAGAACUACUACCCUCCUUCAUCUCCGUUUUCCCAACAAGGGUACCACACGCCCUCUCAUUCCAAAGCCAUGGUUUAUUCUUCACCGCCGCAUUCAGACAUCAGGAGUGACUCUUACAGCUCAUACUACCAGCCUUCCUUUACGUCGCCGAUGUCGAAUGCGAGCCCGCUUCCAAAGAGUUAUAACAAUUAUGGUCCUUACUAUUCCCAGAAGCAACCGCAAGCUGGUUCCAGCUCUGUGAACUCCAUUUCAACUAAUUCAUUCUGGAACAUCCCUUUUGACAGAGCUGACCACUAUCAGCAUGCGGGUCCGCCGGCCCAGGGUUACUAUUGCUACUCUACCGCCUACUAA